CCAUACUUAUCGCGCUUUUUAACUGUUUUGUAAAUUCCGGAAGUUGUUUACAAUCUGCUGUUAUGGCUUCUGUUGUAACUCGACGACUUUGAAUAUCAUUUCAGCUUAUAUCACUCCUUAAUGUUACAUUUCCAACAUUAUGUAUAAUUUUAGAAUGCAUCAAACUCUUGUUAUAGGCUUUUGUUUACGGCUUCAGCGACCGUUGAAUUUCAAGCUGUUGCCAAAUUAUCGUUUCUGCUCCACCGGGCACGUGUGUCAAGUAAAGAAACCACAAAACACUAAAGGUUCUCAUAUACCUGUGAUGCUAAACGAAAUACUGACUAUUUUGAAUCCUAAAGAAGGUCAGGUGAUUCUUGACAUGACCUUUGGUUCUGGAGGCCACAGUCGAGAGAUUCUACGAACAGCACCCCAAUUGAAACAAUUGAUAGUUUUAGAUCGCGAUCCCUUGGCACAUGAAAUUGCUUUGGACUUUGCAGACGAAUUUCGUCACUGUAAGAUACUCCCUUUGUUAGGAACAUUCGAAGAUCUGCCACAUCUGCUGCAACAACACCAAGUGCCAACAAACUCCAUCCACAGUGUUCUUCUUGAUGCAGGAGCCUCAUCUAUGCAAUACAGUGCUGCAAAUCGAGGCUUUUCUCUCAGUCUCAAUGGCAAUUUGGAUAUGAGAAUGAAUGAAUUAAGGGAAGCUGACCAGCCUACUGCUGCUGAUGUGGUAAACACCUUGGAUGAAAAAAGUUUGCAGGAACUUAUCAAGAAAUAUGGAGAGGAGAAGAAAGCUCACGAUAUAGCUCAUGCUAUUGUACAGUUUCGGGCUGCAUUUGGGAAAAUUGUAACUACACAUCAGUUGGUAGCCAUCGUAGCAAGUGUAUUUGACAGUCCAAUGAAACUCGAUAAACUCCAAAGACCAGCCCAUGUUGCAACGAAAACAUUUCAAGCGUUACGUAUAUUUGUGAACAAUGAACUAAACCAGCUGUCGAACGGAUUACUUGUCGCUCACAGUUAUCUAAAAGAAGAAGGAGUUUGUGCAGCUAUUUCUUUUCAUUCUCUUGAAGACCGUAUUGUCAAAAGACAUUUUCAUGGAAUUGACAUUAAUGCUUCUAAGAACAUGUCUUUAAGCUCUCAUCAGUUUCUGAGUCCUUCCAAAAUAUACAAUGAAGCUUCUGUGCAAGGGAUUAUAUCAAAGAAAUGGAACCCUAUACAAAAGAAAGUUAUUGUUCCUGAUCCUACAGAAGUUAAACGGAAUCCUCGAGCUCGAUCCGCCAAAUUAAGGGCUGCUAUUAAAUGCAGCUCUUAAAUUCAUUAUUCAUUAUUUAUUUUUAAACUAAGGUGGUGAAAUGGUAGAAUCAUUAGCAUGUUGGACACAAUACCCGGUGGCAUUUCUUCUGGCUGUUCACAUUCUAAGUUCAGAUCCUACGAAGGCCAACUUCACCGUUCAUGUUUUUGGGGUGUCAAUGAAAUAAGUACCAGUCAAGUACUGGGGUCAAUGUAAUCAACUAGCCCCCACUUCCUAAAAUUACUGGCCUUGUGAUAAAACUAGAAAGAAUUAUUUAUAUUUUAAACUUGGUUCAUAUACAAGUGAAAAAAAUGUAACCUUUUCACUGAAUUUACAAAAUUCUGUUGAUAAAAGUUUUGGCAGCUAUUUCAGCUCAAAUUGCUCGAAAACACACAAUUGCUACAGCUUAAUUGGCGAACAAUGUAAAAUCUAAAUACACAAUAUAUACCAUACUCAAUGGUAUGUAAGAUGCAUUUUUUUUUUCCAAAGAGUAUCUCAAAAUGUCAUCCUGGGCCCUAUAUGCAAAGUUGGGCCUUCCAUAAGCUUAUUUUAUUCCAGAUUUUGAACAUGCUGGAAUUGAAGUAUAUGUAAUAUGUUUGUGUGUCUUUUAUGCCAUCAAAUAUAGUAUAUGCUCUAUUAAUAUUUACUCUGAAGUAAAUAUUAAUCGAGUGGUUGUAUACUGUCAACUUAACGUGACAGUCCAUUAAGGGAAUCACACCACUGCUAUUUAGCCCUAGGAAGCAUCGACGCUUCCUAGGGCUAAAUAGUGGUGGUGUGAUUCCCUUCAUGGGACUGUCACCUUAAGUUGAGAGAAUACAGCCACUCUGUCGCUCCACCACUGCACAUAUCUCUAUGAGAUACUUAGAAAUUUUAUAUUUCUGAUAAAUAUUAAUCAACCAAAUUUUCACUGUUUCUACCUCAAAUCCAGACUGACUAGAUUUUAUUUCAUCCCAUAUACGAACUCAUCACUGAUGCCUAUUGAUAAAUUAUUGAACUUGUUUUAUUUUUAA